AUGAGCCAUCCUGCUUCCCACAACAGCAGCACUAUUACCAGCGACGACGAGAGCGAACCGAUGAUGCUCAAGACACGACCUAGGAACAAGCCGCUCGAUCUUACGAGUGCGCCUUCGAGCACACCUUCUUCGCCGUCCGAACCAACAUCUUCACAAACAUUAGGCCCGGGCACAGCAGCUCCGACUGAGGGUAGUGGGACACCAGCACGCACGAAGAGCAUCCUCAACUUGACAAGCUCAACUCUGUUCGGGAUCUAUCAGCCUACAGGCUAUGCAACGGACCGCGAAGAGCCAAGCACACCAUGGGGAACCGGUGCUGAGACGCCCGUCGACACCAGCCCCAAGGCAUCUUUCGACUUCACAAGGACGAAAUUACCCGAUGUCUCCGAGAAGCGAACGUCAAAUGGACAUCUAAAGAGGAGACGACGAAGCACAAUCACGCCUGCGACAGCACAUCGACGGCCACGAAGAGGGUUCAAGAGAUAUUUUGUACCCUUGGCAGCACGUCUGUUCACACUAUUCGGGAUCGGCGCACUGUACGGCGUGCUGAUCAGCCAUUUGCACGACAAGCAAGAAAUUGCUCCUGUCAAAGUGGAAGGCGUGAACAGGCAAAGUGGAUGGUAUUUGGUUACAUGGGGUAUUGCUGGAGUCCUGCUAGGCGAAGCUCUACCAUGGGUGGACAGAUGGUGGUCUGCUUCGAGCGACGACUCGGAUAUCGAGGAUAUGGACGCGCAGCCAAGACAAAGUGGAAGAGGUUCGGGAGACUGGUUGGAUGUUGUAAGAGCUAUUGGUGCUUUCGUGGGCGUUGCUUUUGCCAUCCGCAAGACGCCUUGGCACUCUACUUUGCAGCUAUCUUUGACGCUAGCCUUGGCAAACCCAGCGUUGUGGUACUUGCUCGAUCGUUCGCCGGCUGGCUUUGCGAUGUCGACUUUGGUCUCCUUUGUUGGCACGGCAGUACUUUUGGGGAUCAAUCCUGCUAUGGUGCCCUCACCACCAGCGCAGACGCAGGCCUUUGCUGGAGCAGAUGGCGGUAUUGGUUCUAAUGGGACCAUGGGUAUCUCGGCGAACGAUGCACUGGUGCUUGGAGUGUUCAGCCAGGAAUCUGUGGGCGUGGCAACUUGGAUCGCAAGUGUCUUGUUCGUGAGCGCAGUGUGUUUUGGUAACAUUGGGCGGAGGCUACUUCCGAGAGACGUGUAG